GUACAGAUCGCAAACAAGUGGUCCGCAAAAAACUUCACGGAAUCGAUGUGCGGUGGAAGCAUCAUCUCUCCAAGUUUCGUUCUCACUGCAGCCCACUGCAUCAACACGUACGGAAAGUUACCGUUCUGGACCAGAAUCUACUACAACACCACCGAGAUGUUGAAAGGCCCAAGUGUCAAGGUGGAAAAGGUAAUAAUCCACCCAGGAUUCACUUGGGAUACAUUGGCCAACGAUAUCGCCCUUCUUAAGCUUACAUAUCCACUCAAGUUCGACAAGUAUGUGGUGCCAGUAUGUCUUCCAAAUAAAACGCUGUCGUUAACCGAUAGAGAAGCAAUCGUUUCAGGCUGGGGAAGGGUGUCUGAACACGGCGACCCUUCCGAACACCUCCUCUAUAUAAACAGAUCGAUACUUCCUUAUGAAAUGUGCAAGGCGGGAUUCAUAACUGCUGAACAAGCUAAAGCAUUCAACGAUUCCAUGAUUCUUUGUACAUCUGCGAGAGACAAAGACAGCUGUCAGGGCGAUUCAGGUGGUCCGCUGACAAUAUGGUCAAAGCUCGGCAAGACAGUCCAGGUUGGGCUCGUUUCUUUUGGCACCGGGUGCGCCCGUGGUGAAAAGCCAAGCCUAUACACACGCCUAUCAACCUAUGUACCAUGGAUCAAGGAGGAACUCGCCACGACUGAAGAAGAGAAGAGUGACGGUGUGCGGCUCGACUCGUCAGUGCAUCGGGUGCUAAUUCACAGUUAAACACGAAUAUAGAGUUGAGCGUUGCAGAGACACACUCCGCUAACGACUCGGUGAAGGGAAACUUUACUCGCCCUUUGCCAUGUGUGAGAUGCAGUAUUGCGCAAAUAUUCAGUCCUCGCCCUUUCUGACGCUAUAACGCGCAAGAAUUCUGAAGAAUAUUAUGACACAAUUGUCUGCUCGAACAAGUAAUGUUAACAAUAAUCAGGAUGCAAUCGAAUUUGUCGUAAUUUAGACGGCAUUUGAUGACGUGCUUGACAACGGAACUGAAGAGGGUUGUGUUGAAUGUAGUUCCAUGCAGCAAUGAUGCAUGUUUGAGUCCCUCAAGUA